AUGGCAGCAGCCAUGUCGACCAGCUCAUUGAGGCCACUGGGCAAGCACCUUGGAGUCGGGGGGAAGACACUGGAAAGGCCCGUCUCAUUCAACGAUCUCCGUUCCCAACGAAAAGACGUUGAAGACCAUGAUCGACAGUUGCAACGACGAUCCUCCUUAGACAAUGACUCCCCCAGCUACCAAUUCGCCACCCACGAGGGGACCCAGUAUCACAACACCGGAAGUGGUAGCCAGUUUCUCGCGACGCAAUUCUACGGAGACGUGAAAUUCAUUAGCCAUGUUGAAAAUUCUGUGGAACAAUCGCGACGAGACAAGGAGGUUCAGAUACUUAACCGCCUCAGUACUUGUCCAUAUCAAAGCCGCAAAGACCGAAACCCAUCUGCAUACCGAGGAACAUGUGAGUGGUUUAUCGCUCAUCAGGAGUUUCACCAAUGGUUGAACAGCAAAUCAUCAAAUAUCAUCUGGGUUUCUGCAGACCCGGGGUGCGGAAAAUCGGUUUUGGUAAAGUUUCUCGUGGAUCACAUAAUUCAUAGUACAUCGUUACGCAUUGUCUCUUACUUUUUCUUCAAAGAUGAUUUUCAAGACCAGAAGAGUAUUAUUAAUGCCCUUUGCUGUAUCUUAAAACAGAUCUUAUCUCAAGAUAGAGGCCUUAUCACUGACGAUCUUAUUCUUCGAUUCGAGGAUUCGAAUGGGCAAUGGACUCUAGAAUCUUUUUCCGAGCUAUGGCAAACUCUCAUCCAAGUUAUCAGGGACAAUCCUGACAAGGAGUUUAUUUGUCUUCUUGACGCCAUUGAUGAGUGCGACACAAGCGGAAGAAAAGAGUUCUUCAAGGCCAUAACCAACUUAUAUGGCAACCGAAAGUGUCCUAAUCUCAAAAUGCUCAUUACAAGCCGACCCUAUCAAGAAAUUAGUACUGGUUUCUUGCCACUUGAAGGAAACGGUCUACCAGUCAUUCAUCUGAGCGGGGAGAGUGAUGCCGAGAUGGAGAAGAUCGCUCGAGAGAUUGAUAUUGUCAUUAGGGAGAGGGCUAAAGAAAUCGCUACAAACAAGAGAAUUAUGCCAGCCGAACAGGACAUAUUGAUGAAGCGCCUCUUUGAUGUCCAACAACGGACAUACCUAUGGGUCCAUCUCACUCUCGACAUCAUCGAUCGCGAACUAGACAUUAAUGCAACGACCCUCGACAACAUUACAUCUCGACUUCCACAAACAGUUGAAGAGGCUUACGAUAAAAUCAUGUCCAGGAGUCGGAACACUGUCAAGGCUACCAAGAUGCUGCAUCUUAUUCUUGCGGCAGGACGUCCUCUCACAUUGACCGAGAUGUCGGUGGCACUGGAACUUGAGGGGCACCAUCAUACAUACAGAAGUCUUGAGAUGGAGCCAGAAGAACGAUUUCGAGAGAGAAUGAGAGAUAUCUGUGGGUUGACAACGGUUAUCGAUUCGAAGGUCUUCCUACUUCAUCAGACUGUCAGAGAAUAUCUAGUUUCGAACGUUUCGAUGCCUGUCAGCCGUCAAGGUCUACAAUGGAAACAGACCCUCCACCCCAACGCCUCGAAUGCAGUUCUCGCUCAUGCGUGUAUCUGGUAUCUUCUUCUGGCAGAUUUGAAUUGCACGCAUAUGAAACUCGCCAAGUCAAUGUCUGCACAAGAGAAAGGCAACGGUUUCAUAGAUUAUGCGGCAAACUACUGGGCCAGUCACUUCAACAAACUUCCGCUCAACCUCCAGGUUCCUCUGUUAGAGUCAGCAAUGACUAUCUGCAACCCUCGUUCUUCGUGUUAUCCUCUUUGGUUUGCAGUUCACUGGGGUAGUAAUAGAGGCAGCCUGCCCGGGAAUUUCACCACUCUCAUGACAGCUUCAUACUUUGGUAUCGAUAUCGUUGUGAAACAGCUUUUCAAAGCCAGAGUCAGCGAUUUGGAUCAGCAAGAUAGCUUCUACCAAAGGUCCGCACUAUCGUGGGCAGCUGGAAGAGGCCAUGAAAGAGUUUCAGCAAAGUUGAUUCGCGGCAUGUCUAUGAGUCAACGAAUUUGGAAGAUCAACCUGACAUCCGGGGCUAACGUCAAUCUCAAAGACAAAGAUGGUCGAACGCCCAUCUUUUACGCCGUGUGGAGUGGCAACGUUGGAAUCGUACAGAACUUGAUCAAAGAAGGAGCCUCAACCAAUAUCCGGGAUAUCCUGGGCGUGACUCCAGUUACGUAUGCCUUCUCGAACGGGCAUCAUGAAGUUGUCAAGAUUCUACUUGAGGCUGGUGGCUCAACUCUCGCUGAUACCGACGUCGGGACGAGACUGCUCAUAUCCGCAAUCCAUAAGAGCCAGCAACAAGUUGUUAAACAACUAAUAGAAGCCGGGAACACGGAUGUGAACGCAAGAGACAAAAACGGGACAACCCCCCUCCUCUUGGCUGUUGAUUCAAAAGACGUUGCAACAGCUAAACUGUUGUUGAAAGUAAAUGCCGAUGUCAAUAUCGGAGAUAAUGAUGGGUGGACGCCUCUCUUCCAAGCCGUGAAGUACGGUGAUCAAGCUCUAGUUCAGCUAUUGCUGGAUAGUGGGGCCUCCAUCAAUACAGCGGAUGGAGAUGGCAGAACACCCCUCACACUAGCUAUUCUUUCUCAUUAUGAUGGUAUUGUCCAGUUAAUGCUACGGAGUGGUCAAGCCAUGGUUACUGCUGAAAUGGAAUUCCUGAUUGUUGAGCAGUGUGGCUGUGAGACACUGAAGAUCCUGCUAAGCCGGUACGAGGUGGACUUAAACGCCAGGAAUGAAAAUGGGGACACUCUACUCAUAUCUACCAUCAAGGGUGGCUCAAUCGAUAAGUGCAAAGUGUUGCUCGGAUCAAGCAGUAUGGACAUCAACGGGCGAGACAAGGGCGGCAAUACGGCGCUUCACUAUGCUGUUGAUGCUCAAGCUGAAAACAUGGUCAACUUGCUUCUCACCAACCAGGACGUAAACGUCAACGCUCGAGAUGGAAAAGGACGCACACCCAUCUCACUAGCAUGUUCUAAAGCCUCCUUAGCCAUAGUUAGGAUGCUCCUCAACACAGACCAGGCCGAUGUUAAUAUCCCAGAUUCAACGGGAGGAGUGCCACUGGUGGUUGCCGCAUAUCAAGACGAAGCCCACAUAGUCCAGCUGCUCUUAGAGACGGGAAAUACCAAUGUGAACAUGGUAGACAAUGAGGGAAGAACAGCAUUGGCAUCGGCUGCAAUCAACGGGCAAGAAGCGGCUGUUCGAAUUCUUUUAGGUUCGAGUCAGGUGCAAGUUAACAUAGUGGACACCUACGGAAUGACACCAUUGUCUUUGGCUGCGAGCGAGGGGCACGCGAAUAUUGUCCGGAUACUACUCAACGCCGCUGGAGUCGAUACUGAAGUGGAAGAUUAUACUGGGCGGACUGCAGUUGCACUAGCUGCGAUGAAAGGUGAUGUCAAGAUUGUUGAGAUGCUCUUACAUCACCGCCAAGCCAGGAUGGUCGCGGGCGGACGGCUUUGUCGUUGGCUGCUGGAGCAGGACAAGAAGGUACGGUUCGACUUUUACUGGAUUAUGGCCAAGUAA